UUGUGCAAGAAAGAAAAGAGACCAUUUCCUAUAACCCAUUCACAGGAGAAGAAACAAUCUCUCUUUCUCGUUCCUUGUUAAAGGUUAAAGCUCAAAGCAAGCAGAGAACAUAAUCGCUCGCUACCUUAAUUUCUUUCUUCUCCGAAGCACAUAGUACUUGAAAGUGGUUUGAGUAAUGGGAAUUGAAGGAGAGAGUGGAGGGAUACAAGAUGCUUUUAUGAUGAGCGUUGAUGAGAAUGAUGGUUUGAGAGACAAAGAUGAAGUUAAUAUCCGUCGAAUGAAGAAUCGGGAGAGACAACGCAGGUACAGAGCCAGGAAGCGGAUGCGGGAAGAAGCGGGGCUCGAUGAUGAGAAUCUCUCGUUCCAGACGGGUCAACAAAAAGACCAAGAAGAAGAAGAAGAAGAAGAAGAAGAGGAGGAGGAUGAGGAGGAGCUAGAGUGUGAUAAUAAUGUUUAUGUUGACGACUUUGUGAGGCGUGUUUAUUGCCAUAGAGAUUGGAAAAAAGAAGCUAGAGUAGCUCAUUUGAUCAUGGACAAGACUCGGGAUGGUUCUUGUUUGGUUCAUCGCAAGAUUAGGCCUCGUCCAAGAGACUGGAAAGCUGAAGCUCGAAAGGUGAACACUUGAUCAAAUCCAUGUAGUUGGUUGGUUAUUGAGGAGUCAAGUCAGUCCGGUUUGCUAGAGGAUUUUGCAAGUGCAGUUUCUUUAAGAUUGGAUUUUACUGAGAAAAAAAAAAGAGAAUGUACAAAGCAAACAUCCUUAGUAGAACAUUGGAUUAUAACCGUACUGCUUCAGCUCUUUCUUUAUUAUGUAUUAGAAUAUCCAGACGUUAUGGGAAUUAUAGUAUGUGUAAGUUCAUUUUUACCAACACUUA